AUGUCCAAAACAGACGCUCACAUGUCGGUUCUCUUCCGCACCCCCAAGCAGCAGGCGCAGCAGACGCAGCAGAUGCAACAACCGACGGAACAGCCAGCACAGGAGAAGCCGUAUGUCUGGAGGAUGUAUUCCCAGACCGAACGGAAGUACCAGCUCUUCCCCAAGGACAAGCAGCAGCUGCCGCCCACCCCGGAGACGGGGCUUGACCCCGAGCAGGCCUUUGCCCUCGCCAUGGGCCAGAACAGCAACGGUGCCGGCGCCGACAAGACUGCGACACCCCCCAACGGCCUUCGUCUCCGGAUCAAGGAACACAACCUGACGCGCCGGCGCAAAGUCAGCGUGCCCGAGCUGGGGCCCAUGACGACGGUGCAGGAGAUUGCCAUGGAUUCACCCACCAUUCCUGGCCGGCCACCUCUCCACGAGCGGUCCAUCAGCGCGCCGGGAACCAGCUGGAGACAGCACCAUCUGGUGGACUGCAUGAUCCCGCAGACGGUGUACGACGACGAGACGAGCGAGCCGACGGACGUUUCGGAGACCCAGCUCGACCCACCGCGGUGCAACUCGGCCCAGGCAGUGCUGUCGCCAUCGACGACCAACGCCAAGGCCGCGGCCAAGAAGGCGGCAGCAAAAGCAGCUUCGGCGAAGGCGACAUUGCACCACCCGCUCUCUCCCAAGAGCCUGACUCCUCUCGUGAUUCCGGCCCCCCGCGUGCAUGCGUCCUGUAUCCGGCCGGCCAUCGCCGGCCUGUCCGGCACCGGCCGAGGGAUGCGUUCCGGCAGCAACUCUGCCGACUCAGCUCUGCGGUCAGCCCGCUCGGAAGACUCGCCUCGCAACCGCACGCCAUUCACGCCGCUGUCAGCCUCUCUUCUGUUCACAGCACCGCCAUCUGCCGUAUCGGCCACGUCCAGCGCAUCGACGCCUCUGAGUGCCGCGUCCACGCUGCCGACUCCCCUGUCAGCCAUCACACCGAUGUCAGCCACCGAGCCCCGUGCCUCGCCUAAACCCCGAGCAGCAGCAGGGGAGGGUGCGGAGAAGAUGGGCGAGAAGCGGGCGAUUCUUGCACGGAGCGCAUCGACGAGCACCAGACCGGCUGCCAGCCAUCGACGAGGCCAGUCGGAGUCGGGCAGCAUCAUGGAACGUGGCCGGCCACGGAAGCGCAGCGCAUCGCGCGAAGGAGCGUCGACGUCUCUAGGCAUCGCAUCGUCAACAACGGCGAUGGGCACCUCGCCGAAGCAGACGGCCAGUCUGGCGAACCGGAGUGCCGAGAGACGAGCAUUCGAGCUGCUGCCUCGCGGCUGGAAGGCCCCCGAAGCGGCGGCAAUGCUGGGGACGGCAGAAACGAUGGCACUGGCGACACAGGCGCUGCAACAGGCGGCACGAUUCGAGGUGCUGCGACGGGAGGACGUGGAGAGUCUGUCACGUGAGCUGCGCAGUCUGGACGAGCGCACAGAGUACCUUCGGAGCACAUACACAUCGCUGCGGUCUGGACGACGCAACCUGCACUCGCGCAUCUGUCAGUACCUGCGAUCGCCACGAGUGGCGCGGUUCAGCCACGACGCGAUGCUGCGCCAGGAGGAAGCGCUGGCCGAGCUGGACGCCUCGAUCGACGACUGGGUCACGAAGCUGGAACAGGCAGAAAACCGGCGGACGCGUGUGCGCCAGAAGCUGCUGGAGCAUGUGGCCGCAGCGGCGACGCUGCCGCUGGUCGGUGCAGAGGUUUCGGGCGUCAGCGAGUCGCUGCAGAUGGCCAUGGGCCUGAUGCAGGCAGCGAGUAGCAGCGGUGGUCAGACUGGUGUCAGCAAUGCGGCGACGUCACCGAAGCCUCAUCACGACGGCACCAACAUGUGCACACCGCCACGAAGCCCGACCAAGGCAGCCGUGCCGACUGCCAGCAGCUAUAGCCGCCUUGUGACGCCGGUCUCGUCGUCGCCGUCGCCGUCGCCACAGCGACCUAUUGUGGCCCGAGUGCCGUCUGCGAUCUUGGAGCAGCCGAUGGUCGAGGAAGCCAUGGCGAUGGGCGAGCAGGAGGAACGCGAGAGGCUCGAGAGGCUGGGCGUGAUGGGCUCGCCAAUGACGUCGAUCUCGUCGCGCCGCGUGGACGUCGAGAGCAUCCGAAUCUACGCGGGCGACGAUGUCUAUACUCUCUUGGCUGAUGUCGAGAGCCAGAUCACGCAGAUGGGAGGCCAAGACGGAACAGCCGAAGCCGGCCUGUCGGACGAGGAGCGCAAAAACCUGCACCGGGCACAUAGCCAUGAACUGCUAAACGGCCGGUGUAGCGACGUCGGAAGCCGGAAGAUGGCGCCUGCUCCUGCUGCUGCUGCUUCUGCUUCUGCUGCCAGGACUGCUUCGCCACCACCGGUCGACACCACCGAGAUCUUUCUGACGAGUGCCGUGUUCCAGCCAGAACGCAGUGUUCUUGCCAUCUGA